CCCUUUUCCUCGCUCUUUUCUUCAGCUUCCUUUCCAUUCUUCACUUUCCCCUUCCCUUCUACAAACUUAAAAAACCUUUUGCUUCUCAAAGAGGAAAACAAUAUAAAUCAAUGUCAAACAAGUCCUCUAUUUUCCCCGUUGUAGUACCUCAAUACUUCACUGGCAAUGGCUUUGAUCCUCGAAUCGAUUAUUUUCAGAUCAAGAAAAACAUCCACCGGAAAAGAUGGUGGAGAAAUGCUCUGUUCAUCUUCAAGUGGAAUAAAAGGAAGCCUUUAAAUGAAAGUACUAACUACGGCAAUUUUCACCGUCGGAAUGUUGUAUUAAGUGGAUCAAUUUCUGGGCCGGUGUAUAUUACAGAAAGUAGAACUGGGUCAAACACGCCUCGCCGGAAAACCCGACGGCCGUUCUCCGGUUCACUGGCCGGAAGUUUGAUUCCGAGCAAGAAAGGUGAUUUGGAGAUACCAUACGUUAAUCUUAAGGAGUUUAACACGGACAGGCAGCAGACAACUUCAGCUAAUCCCAUCUAUUUGGUCACAUGAUGAAAGUAAAUUCAAAUCAAGUACUAGACACUGUUAAUUACUCAUGUAAUUUCAUUUUAAAAUAUUCUUAAUCAAGU